ACAAGCGCAUUGCGUCGUGCUAUCCUGCGGGAUGAAUGCUGCGGAUGACGUCAGCAAAACACGGGAUGCUGUGCCUUCGUGAGCUCUGCCCUCGCUUGGUUGAAUGAAUAUUUCAAGAAAAUAAACCGGACGAAUUUCUGUGUGGUGCGAAGUUAGGAUGUAAGCUCUCGUGUGAUGUGAUGAUGUGUGGAGGUGCCGCGGGUUGAGGCUGGACGGAUUUCGGAGGAGUGAACAACCCCCUUGACGAUUAUCCCCGAGGAUCAGUGUCAAAUUUUAACUUUGAAAGGGAUGCACUGGCAGUGGACAUGGAUGAGGAGCCAAAGACUCGUUCCGGUCUGGAUCCUGGCUUCUAUCAUAAUCCUAAUUUAUAUUCCUUUAAGUGACGAGGAGUUACUGGCAAGACUCAUUCAUCAAACGACAGCAUCGAUGGAGCGAGGCAACGAUUUGAUGUGCUACGAGUGCAACACUCUGCGGAACGGCCCAGGUUGCAACAACCUGUCCAUUGGGGAUAACUCUACUUUUGUCAGCAAGUGCAAGGGCGAUAAGAAAAUGUGCAUCGUGAAGCGGUAUUCGUACACGACGUCGACGGAGAACUCGACGUCGGUGCAGCGGAUCUGGUCGAUCGAGCGGAACUGCACCAACAAGUGCGAGCCCGGCUGCAUCGUCAUCGGGGAGCGAACCAAGCUCUACGCCUGCACCAAGUGCUGCGACAAAGCCCUCUGCAACACCGCUACCGGGGCCGCUCCACCCACCCAUGGGGGACCCCCAAACCACCAUGCCCUCCUCCCAGUUUUAGUCGCCAUAUACCGAGCUGCCGCGUCCGUCAGGUAGCAGCAAUUCAACGCGCUCCCUAACCGCCUCCA